GGAAGGAGCCAAGGGGAGCUGGGGCCACGGCAGCCAUCGCGCCUUGCUGUUGGGUUUCGGAGGGUGUAGGACCGACACAAAUUAAGGAAUUGCGUUCUCUCCAAUCGCAGACCCUGUAAGAUUUGGAUAUGUCCUUCAUAUUUGACUGGAUUUACAGUGGUUUCAGCAGUGUGCUACAGUUUUUAGGAUUAUAUAAGAAAACUGGUAAAUUGGUAUUUCUUGGAUUGGAUAAUGCAGGAAAAACAACAUUGCUACACAUGCUAAAAGAUGACAGACUUGGACAACAUGUCCCAACGUUACAUCCCACUUCAGAAGAACUAACCAUUGCUGGCAUGACCUUUACAACUUUUGAUCUGGGAGGACACGUUCAAGCUCGAAGAGUGUGGAAAAACUACCUUCCUGCUAUCAAUGGCAUUGUAUUUCUGGUGGAUUGUGCAGACCAUGACAGGCUGUUAGAAUCAAAAGAAGAACUUGAUUCACUGAUGGCGGAUGAGACUAUUGCCAACGUGCCCGUACUGAUUCUUGGGAACAAGAUCGACAGGCCUGAGGCUGUUAGCGAGGAGAGGUUGCGAGAGGUGUUUGGUUUGUACGGUCAGACAACAGGGAAGGGCAGUGUGUCUCUGAAGGAACUGAAUGCUCGGCCCUUAGAAGUGUUUAUGUGCAGUGUGCUCAAAAGGCAAGGGUACGGAGAAGGCUUCCGCUGGAUGGCACAGUACAUCGAUUAACACCAGCCUGCCUCGGGUCCAGGUCUCGCCAUUCAGGCCUACUCAGAGAUUUGAUUGCUGAACUUGCAUAACUUGAAUUCAAUAGACUUUUGUUGGUUAGAAAACAGAUAUUUUUUAGAUUAUUAAUAUUAUAUCAACUUAAUUUGAGUGACAAUUGAAAACUGAUUCAAGUAAGUUUGAAUAUCACAAUGUUAGCUUUCUAAUUCCAUAAAGAUAAUUAGUUUUUACAGUUUGUAAUCUGACAUGACCCCCAGUGCCAUUUAUAAAGUGACUUUUCAGCAGUACAUUUGAAGCACUUUUUAACAGUAUGAAACUACAGAUAUAAACCAUAACUAAAAGCUCAUCAUGUUAAAUUUUUUAUGUACUUUUGGAACUAGUUUUUAAAUUUCAGAUUAUAUGUCCACCUAUCUUAAGUGUACAGUUGAUAAUUAGCUUAUUGAUGAUUGCAUGAUGCCUUACAGGUUUCAAUAAUAUUUUUUCUUAUGCAAACGUCAUGCAAUAAAACAGACCCUUAUGUUUGGCAUCUUCGUUGGACAAAUGUUUCAUUUUAAUGUGUCUUAUCUAGCUAGUAUGCUCUGAAACUGAAUAUUUAUGUCAUACACAUGAGGUGGUUAUUCAGAAAAGAGAUUGCUUCAGAAUAUUUAGAAUAAAUACUCAGUCCCUGGAGACUUUUGCAUUUACCAGGAGGCAAGUUGUGCUUGGUUGUACCUUAUGCCACAUGUCUCUCUGAAUCCUGCUGCGUAUUUUAGUAACACUACCAUUACCAAUAGGGUCCGUGUCCUAGUCCCUAUGGGAUUGGCCUUUUAAAGAAAAACACAUCUUCUGGUACAACACAGGUUGAGUUUUGGUUUGCUAGGCCCCUGUAUCUCCAUUCCAGUUGUUUAAUUCUCAAGAGCUCCAAUCUUAUUGGUGCCUGGUUUGGUAAUCUGUACCUUGUCACCAAACACAGUGACAGGCACCAGCCUCCCCACAUUUAGAGGUACUCCCCAGUCUCUUUAUACUUAAUUACACUUCCCAGGGCAAGUGACAAGUAGGGUCUUAUGCAUUUCAUUGCAGGGGCCUGUGAAAUGUGGAAAAAAAGCCUGUUCUGCUUCAGUUGUCACUGAAAUGUGGGGAUUUUGUGCCUGUCCUAUAGCUCUAUUUCAUUCUUUGUCAUAUUAUAUUUUAUGGAAAGAAAA